UUUGGCUCCUCGAAAAUUAUAGUGCUUUUAAACAGUUGCCUAUCUGGUUGGCAACGCACCACUACAAUACCAGAGGUGCGGCAAUUGCGUUGACGGCCAUUUUGGGAUAAGGGGUUUCUGAGUUUGAGGGAUUAGUUCUUCGGUAAUAUCUCUCACGCAGCGAAACAUAACGCCGUUUUCUGUGAGGCGAUGUGGUAUCACUCCGGUCGAGCCGUCUCAUUUGUGUCGAAGCAUGGCUCUCCUUAAAACCACACGGCACUUGCUCACCGUCAAGCCAUCCCUUUGGUGCCACUGGUUGUAAGUCUUUCGCAUUGGAAAGAUGUGUUUCGUGUUAUUGGGCCGGCUCGACCGGAGUGAUAUCACGGCCUCGGAGGAAACCGAUGGGAAACAAUGCUUGCGCUGUGUGCAGCCGUGCCCGAGCGUACGGCGCGUAGCGUUCCGCGCGCGCCUCAAAGAGCCAUUCGACCACCACAGACGGGGCCCUAAAGGGCUGAUGUUCAGCCGGGGUUGCGGGGUAAGCGCAAUGAGGUACCGCGACCUCGGCACAGAGCAGGAGAAGGAACAGGGGGGACAAUGGAAAACGUUAAGCAAAGAUGCCGUGCCCUCCCAGAACCUGCCCAAGUUGAACCCCGAUGGCACAGUCAUGGUGAUCAGGAAAAGUCGCACUGUCAAAUACAGGGAAGGAAAGAAAGAUGAAAUUCAUGGUGACAAGACAGAAAAAUGGCCAAUGAACCUUGGACCGCACAGCGUACUCCAGCCUACUAGUGACCCUCUCAUGGUCUGUGACCCACAGGACAAUAAUUUAGCGUACCGCUAUCCAACAUUAGGCACAAUGAACCUAUCCCCGCAAAUAACAAACACACACACCUCAAUGAAGCCCAAAAAACAAGACGCCAUCAUGCAAACUGACCCUGUGCAAUCAGAAGAAGACGACUCACAACCUAACAAUAGCUACAGUGAAGUCUCAGAAAAGUACCCCGAAAUGGACUACCCUAAUUACCAAAAACAACAAACUUACGAUAAGAAAUAUGAAGCUAAAGAUUACACAAACAAACAGGACGAUUACAUACCACAAACUAACGAAGAAUAUAAUAAAGAAGCCGAGAAAUACGCCCUAGAAAGAAAAUCUCUAAACGGUUACGAUAAACCCGUGGAAUUUCCGAAACAGGUCGACGGUUAUCCGAAACUCGACGCGUAUCCGAGCUACGAGAAACCGUUCCGUCCCGAAUACGGCUUCCAAAACUAUCAGGACAGCGUCGAAAUGCUAAGAAAUCAACAGCACAAUUUACAAAUGUUACAAGAACAACAUAGGAUUAAUGAAAAUCAGAAUUUUUUUAACGAAAGUCAUAUAAAGCAGGAGAUUGAUAUCAACGUUGACGAUGAUAAGUUUGCAUACGAACGCAGCAAGGAACAGCUUGACGCGGACAUGUAUACUUCUAGAAGACUGGAACAGCAGCGCGCCAUUCUAGAACAGAUACAGCAUCAGGUCAAGCAGGAACCUGACACGCCUAACGGAUGUGAGAACGUGAUGCAGCCACAGGGCAGUCCCUACUACCAGACAAACAAUCAUAACAACGUCACAGGUGGUUACUACGAGCAGGUCCCGCGGCCGGGGCCCGAGAUGUUAAUCGCCAAGCAAAACGCACUCGCCGCGCACACGCAGCUAUGGCAGAAUACAAUGAAGCGGCCAUUCUUCUACAGUGAAAGUCCGCACUACAACAGUACACCGAUCCUACACAGAUACGAGGUCCAGGUGUACCACUUCAUGAAUCAAGCCCUUGCUAAUGAGAGCCUCCUAAGGACAUCUCAAGAAUACUUCAGUGAUGUGACAUUCCAAAGUUUCGCAAAAAACAAAAAAAAAAUAUUUAAUUUUAAAGAAAAGAAGUAAGUAAAAAGGUAUAUUGUAAAAAAAACAAAUAAUUCUCUUCGCGACGAUAAUCUCUAUAUUAUUAUCGUUAUAUUUUUUAAAUAAUAGUAAAUAAUAAUUAUAAUUAUUAUUAAUUUUAUUAUUUUUCUUAUUGUUUUUAUUUUUAUUGUCUUUUAAAUAAUAAUAAUGUUUGGCGCGAGGUCCCUUUAUAGUGAAUAUAGAUUUUAUAUUAUUUAUUUUUUUAUUUAUUAUUUUUAUUGUUUUUUUUUUUCUAAUAUAUUUGUAAGGGACCAACCGUUGAAUUACUAUGCUACUUGUGAUAAAUUUAUGUUUGGUUUUAGUAUAAAAUGGGAUUUUUUAUAUUUUACGAUUUUGACUUUUUCUUUUUCGUUUAGU